CGGGAUCUUUGGCUUUAUUAUCCAAUGGAUUUUGAGGACGCAAGAAAUCGAGUUGAGAUUUUCCCAUGAUAUUGACUUUGUGUUACAUUGUUAUUUGUCCGUGCUACCUCAAAUUUGGUCGAGGUUACAAGCAUCAGUUAAUCGGCAAACUAGCCAACUAUUGGGGGAUGCGAGCCAUUGACAUUGGUUUAAUCAAUUGGCAAAAGCCUUUAUGCACCAAAGACGGGUAAUAGGAUUACGCCAUCCAUUUUUGGUAUUUUAUGACAAGCUAUAGCUAACUAUUAUUUUUGUUGUUGACUAGCUAAUUUGGGUAGCUGAAUUAGCAAACUACUAGCUAUUGUUGUUAUAGCAGAUUACAGUAAAUCACCAUACGGAGGCAAGUCAUGGUGACUCGUACACAGAAAAAGAUGAUAAGAUACGUGGAAGAGGGCAAUUUAAUGAAGCUGAAGUCAUACUUGCGGAAACACUCCGACCUUGACGUCAACUUCUCCCAGGGGAAAAAGCGCAGGACUCCCCUGCACCUGGCCUGCUCGCUUGGUGAUGACGCCAUCCUCCGGCUUUUGUUGAAAAAUGGAGCCGACAUCCUUUUGAAAGACAAAAAAGGGGACACGCCUUUACACAUUGCUGCUAACAAGGCUCUGAAACAUGGCAAAAUAGUAUAUGAUGACCUCGUAGUGCCCCUUCAAAAGAGUUGCCCAGAAGCCAUGGUUGCACCAAAUAAUGCAGGAAUUACACCUCAUGACCUACUGCAAUGGAUGAAAUUUGAGAAGACUGCACCGAAGGGAAACACUUCUAAAGAAAAAGAUGCAGAGAAAGAGUGGCAAGAGAAGCUUUUUGGGGAAUGCCAGGAUGAGUUCUUUGAAACCUUUGGACAAUAUGAUGAUUAUUUAUUUGAGGAGGAUACCGAUGAGGAGGACUUUCAAGACUGGGCAGAUAGAAUUAGACAAGAGUAUGUCACAAAACGGCACGCAGAAGCUCAAAGACUGGCAUCCUCAGGCUAUCAUGGGAAGAGGAAGAAAGGAAAGAAAGAGGCAGAGGAGGAGGAGCGGGCUAACAGAGAGCUGCAUGAGAGGCUACAAAGGGAGCAUGAAGAGUACCUGGCGCGUGCUGCACGAAAAGAGGAGGAGACACGUCAGGGGAAAAAGCAGCGCUAUGAAGAGCGAUGUGCAGCUACCUUCAGCACUGACAGUGCAGCAGCAGUCACCACAAAGCUGAGUUAUGGGGACAUACCCUGGCCGGCACCGAAGGGUUCAGUGGAGGAGAUGGUGGAGGUGAUGUUGCAUGGCGCAGACAAGAAAGAUGUUGCAGUGUUCCGUAAACUUCUCCGGCGCCAGCAGGCCGUUUGGCACCCAGAUAGGUUUGCCCAGCGCUGUGGGGCCCGGCUGGAGGAUGGAGACAAGCAGAGGAUCCUGGACACUGUCACUGCUCUCUCACAGGAGCUCAAUAGACUGGCUCAGAGCCUCAGGUGACAGUUAGACUGGAAAAGGGCUUCUGAGAUGUUGAACAGUCUGUCAUUUAGCCACGGCUGGUCCUGUGUAUGCAGGGCAGUUCUUUCCAGUGGAGGUCAGUUGUUUUGACCUGUCAAAACAAAUCUCCACUUGAAGCACCUAAUUUAUUGGAUAAACUUGGCUAAGCUUCUGAUAUGUUAAGUGAAUGACAUUUUUCUCUGACUGUGUACUUCUUGGCACUAGUAUAGGACUUUGUGUAAGAGAUGAUAUUGCUGGAGAAAAUAGAUGUUUACAGUGCCUUGUGAAAGUAUUCAUACCAUGAGUUUUAAUUUCUCCAAUUGAUUAAAACAAAUAACCUGUGAUUUCUUAAUUUCUUAACUAUUGCUUGAAUCAAUACUUGGCAGAAGCACAUUUGGCAGCAAAUCGCCGUUAAUCUUUAUGCACACCUUUGUGCAACAUUUAUCCAUUCUUGCCAAAAGUGAUGCCAAGUUAGGGAUCAUUGAUGGACACUGGACAUCAACCUUCAUUUUUUUUUUAUCACUGAUUUACAGUGUCAGAACUGAGAAAAUUUGUACCCACAAAUAAAUGUUGAAACAAGUUGUGUAAA